AUGAGGCUCACCAAGGACCUCAUAACACCAAAAUCUCUCUUGGUUACUGAUCCAUAUUUUUCUUCCAAGGAUAACUGGAUCUUGGGUCCCAUUUUGCUUCUACUAAGUGUCAAUGCUUGUUCAUCUUGGAUGAUUUAUCAGACUUGGGGUGUCGAGGAUAAUUCGGGUCCACUUUCGUUGAUUGUAAUGUUGUUCAUGGUUAGCACUCAGGGAGGAGUAGUUGCUUUUAUCUUUGAAAGAUCCCCUGCUGAAAGACCGCACCGCAGCUUUAAGCUCUUUAUUUAUGCUUACAGUGGUAUCAUGUGCUCCGCUUUGCUAUUCUUUGUUCAAAGUUGUUGCAUCAAGAAGAUAGGUCCUCUCUUUGAUUCUGAGUUUAGCCCUCUAUGCAUGGGAGCUAGGAUAAUCACAGAGCCAAUCAUUCUUCAUGUGGACAUUCAUGUGGGAAAUGUAGUGGGGAUUAUCAUAGUCACCUAUGCAUUAUACCUCUUGUUUUGGGGCCAAGGCAAAGAUAUAAUCACAAUUGCAAAGAUAUUGCACUUCAUUAAUGAGGGCAAUGAGAGAAAGGAGGACGAGGAGAAGGCAAAGAUGAAAGACUUGGCUAACCAUAUUGGAGAGGAGGGAAAGGUUGAGAUGAAGAUAUUUGCUAUUCCUAAUAUACAAGAAGGUUUCUUUGAUGAUGAACAAGGAGAGAUGGUUGAGAUGAAUAUUGCCACCAAUAAAAAAUUGGAUGAAUGGCUUCUUGGUGCAACCAUAGAUUGUUUUGAGGACUAA